AUGGAUCGAGAGGAUGUGGAUUGUUGUGAAUCUUCAGUGUAUGUGACUGAUGAUGGGAGUCUGGAUUCAGUGUGGAUGAGCAGAGAUCAGAGCCGCACACCACAGACACUGCUGGACUCUAAACUCUCUGAAGAGAAAUCCAGACACACACAGGACUCAGAUCUCAGUCUGACUUUACUCUGUUAUACUGAGUCAAAGCCCACAGACACUCAGGACACUACAGUGUGUGACAGUAAACAGAGCUUACAGGAGGAUCAAACCUCCACAGAGUCUCUGGAUUCUGUCUGUAACGCUGGAGAACAGCAGCAGAUCUUGCAGACCAAACUGAAGAUGUGUUCAGUUAAACUCGUCGACUGCACGAACCUCAUGAUGAAGAUUAAAACUGAACCUACAGAAAUCAAAACUGAACCCACGGAAAUCAAAACUGAACCCACGGAAAUCAAAACUGAACCCACGGAAAUCAAAACUGAACCGACAGAAGAGGAAGAUCGCACUGAGGAAGAUGAUGAUUUUAUUCCAUCAGAUGUGAAGAGUGAUUCAUGUUUGGAUAUAGAAAUAACGUCCUCAACAUCAAAAGAGCGACUGACAGCACAAACUCUUUCCUGCAUCACCUGUGAAAAGACAUUCAGCUCACAGAGACAUUUAGAGAGACAUGAGAGAAAACACACAGAACAGAAACUCUUCACCAGAUCUGAGAUCAGCUUUACUACCUUACAAGAGAAGAAACUUCAUUCAGAAGACCACAGAGAGAAGAAGAAGAAGAAGAAGAAGAAGCAGUUUCACUGUGAACAGUGUGGGAGGAUUUGUGCUUCUUCCUUUCAUCUAAAUGUUCACAUGAGGACACACACUGGUGAAAAGCCUUUCAACUGCACUGAAUGUGGAAGUUACUUCAGAACCAAACAAUAUCUUAAAGUUCAUCAGAGAGUUCACACAGGAGAAAAACCUUACGAGUGUCCUCACUGUGAGAAGAGAUUUAGCUGUAAACGUGGUCUGAAGAGACAUGUGCGUUCCCACACCAAUGAGAGACUGUAUCAGUGCAGUGAAUGUGACAAAACCUUUAGGGAUUCACGCUCUUUAAAAAAACACCAGAAUACUCACAUUAAAGAGAAACUCCAUCAGUGUUCACACUGUGAUAAAUGUUACGGUCAUAAAUAUCAGCUGAUAGUCCAUGAGAGAGUUCAUACUGGAGAAAAACCUUAUCACUGUAAUGUCUGUGGGAAGAGUUUUAGUAAAAAAACAACAUUACUAUGUCAUAAGAGAAUUCAUACAGGUGAAAAACCUUACAAAUGCUCUCAGUGUGACAUGACAUUUGCUUAUUCAGGUCACUUCAAAGUCCAUCAGAGAGUUCACACUGGAGAGAAACCUUACGUCUGCUCUCACUGUGGAAAGGGCUUCUCUAGUUCAUCUAUAUUCAGAGUUCAUCAAAAAGUUCAUACUGGAGAGAAACCUUACGUCUGCUCUCACUGUGGAAAGAGCUUCUCUAGUUCAUCUCAUUUAAUAGUUCAUCAAAGAGUUCAUACUGGAGAGAAACCUCAUCACUGUAAUGUUUGUGGGAGCAGUUUUAGUCAAAAAACUACAUUACUAUGUCACAAGAGAAUUCAUACAGGUGAAAGACCUUUCAAAUGCUCUCAGUGUGACAAGACGUUUGCUCAGUCAAAUUCCUUAAAAUCCCAUGAGAGAAUUCAUACUGGAGAGAAACCUUAUCACUGUAGUGUCUGUGGUAAGAGUUUUACUCAAGGGUCUUCAUUACUAAAGCACACGAGAGUUCAUACAGGUGAAAAACCUUUCAAAUGCUCUCAGUGUGACAAGAUGUUUACUUGUUCAAGUAACUUAAGAUACCAUCAGAGAGUUCAUACUGGAGAGAAACCUUAAAGCUGAAGGUAUACUAGGGGUUAGUAGUCAUCAGAAGAAAAUGACCGUACAGGUUCAACAGCGCAUGUGUGAGAAAAUAUUGGGACAGAACACCCCACUACAAACAAUUAGGGCGCACUCACACUAUCCAAACCAAACCGCACUCGGGCACGUUUGACCCCCAAAGCCUGGUUUGUUUGACUAGUGUGAUUGUUCUGUUCCACGCCCAGGUGCGGAUUGGUUAAUUGUGUCGCGGCCGGGUUGCAGAGGUGGGCCGGAGCGCGGUUCACUUGGGCUCAGCACGGAAGGAUGUGGUGUGAGCGCAAUCGCGCCUGAGUGCGAUUCAAAAGGUGAAGACAUCAGUUGCGCGCCCACUCACCUUCAUCUGCCUCCGUAAAACCUUUUGAUGCGAGCAGCGGGGUUACGUGAAUGUCCGAGCUGCACACGCGACAGAUCAACUAAGCAAUAUGAUGACAUGUGAGAGGGCUGUCUGUUAUCACGCACCAAACGACUCCGAAUAAAAAACACAGACUUAUCAUUACGGUGGGUUCCAGUGUUAAGAGAGUGAUUUACUUCCUGCUUUUUUCGAAACAAUCGCAUCUUAAUGAGGAAAGUGCGCCCAGACUCGGAUCGAUAAAAUUACAGUGUGAGUGUGUGCACCUGGGCGAGUAGGGAGGGGUGACAAUUGCGCUGGGGCAUGGUUUGGUUUGGUUUGGAUAAUGUGAGUGCACCCUUACACAAAGGCAAUAGAAAGCAUUUGCACACACACUGUUGUUUUUUCUUUUUAUUUUCACUUAUUCCAAGAACAGACAACUGUGGAGCAUUUUUGUCACCCUAAUGUUUGACUCCUGGUCUUUGUUUUCUUCUUGUUUCUUCUAAACUUUGUUUGCCAUGGUGGAUCGCCUACUUUUCUUCACCUAUCCUGCAUUUUUUCCGUUGCAUUGUACCUCACGGUUUGGUGUCAGUUUACUUUUGGGAGCUUUUUCACUGAGUGAAGUACGUAGUAACGAUACAUUUUUUAGGACUACCUCGGUUGGGGUUCCAAGCGACUUGAGCUGAGACCAAACGUGACGUGAAAACACUGUAGAUCACUGAUUGGUCUGAGAGAAUCGUCACUAUCAGUGUAAUUGCUAUAAUGCAAAAGAUUAGCUUUACCUUAGUGCUAGCUUGCGGUGUCUCGAGCAAACAUGUUGUCAUCUGUGCUCUGCUAUAAGUUCCAAAACUCACUUUAGCGAUGAAAAACAUCUACAGGUUGAGAAUCAAGAACACAAUAACAGUUUUUUUAGACUUGCAGUUUUUUGGCGGCACAUUCGCAACGCGCACGUAUGCUUAAAUGCAACUUUUGAGGCAC